AUGUCACCCUCGCAGUGCGACUAUGAGGACCUCACACUGGGGCAAACUGUAUCGGUAGAGAAACCCUCUUCAUUGGGAUCUUUGUCAGAGUUCGAUCACGGGGAUCUUUCUGAAGAUCCGUCUGCAGUUGGCACCUCUUCGCAGAGAGAGGGAGUUAUUCCCCUCGAAGAAGCAGUAAUUACCACUGGAGCCGUAGGCCUCGAUCUAGAGCCAACAGAAGUAUCGAAAGGCAGAAGGAAAAACGGAGUAAGCAGCAAUACAAAGCGUGCCCGGGGUCGAGGCCCCUUCAUAUCAAUGCGCCUAUGUCUUCUUCUGGUUUAUAUGCUGAUUGUGCCUCUGAUGUUGGCGAAGCACCUAAGCACUGCUCAAGCACCAGGAAAGUUGGCGGAAUAUUACGCUCGAAACGAAAAUGAAGCAAAGGAGCGGCUGAAGCAGGCAAUGGAGUGGAGAGCCAAUGCGUUGGCUGAAUACGAGGCCCUUCUGGAAACACAAAAUCUUACGAAGGAAAAGGCAGUGGAGCUAAUUGGACGGGUAGCUAGCGAACAGUGUCUGUGGGAACAACGGGAAGCUGAGGUCAAGGCACUUCUGGGGGGAAGCGGGGGCCUACAGGACGCUGACACGCUCCAAACUUUGCUCUCCCAGUUGCAGGGGGAAUUGCGCUCUAGCAAAAAGAUCAUCGCGGUACAGAUGCAGUCGGCGGAUCCUGUGGAGGUCGUAGCCCCAAGUAGAGAGCACAAAUGGGAGUUUGGGGUCUUGCGCAAUAAGUUGGAGACACUCGAGGCUCAGCUGGAAGAGGCGGAGCUGCGCGAGGAUGUUCUACAGGAAUUCCCUGAAGCUGUAAGCGAUGAUUUCACCGAGCAGUUGGCACAUCUCAAGCAGAAACAGAGUCUCAAGGUGACGCUCUCUGAGUUGCAGGAGGAACUACCCUCUAGCAAAAAGAUCACCGAGGUACAGAUGCACUCGGCGGAUCCUGCGGAGGUCGUAGCCCCAAGCGGAGAGCACGAAAGGGAGUUUGGGGUCUUGCGCAAUAAGUUGGAGGCACUCGAGGCUCAGCGGGAAGAGGCGGAGCUGCGCAAGGAUGUUCUACAGGAAUUCCCUGAAGCUGUAAGCGAUGAUUUCACCGAGCAGUUGGCACAUCUCAAGCAGAAACAGAGUCUCAAGGUGACGCUCUCUGAGUUGCAGGAGGAACUACCCUCUAGCCAAAAGAUCACCGAGGUACAGAUGAACUCGGCGGAUCUUGUGGAGGUCAUGUCCCCAAGCAGAGAGCACGAAAGGGAGUUUGGGGUCUUGCGCAAUAAGUUGGAGACACUACAGGCUCAGCGGGAAGAGGCAGAGCUGCGCAAGAAUGUACUGAAGGACCUCGAGUUCCAUACACCUGUAAGCGAUCAGGAAUUCACAGAGCAGUUUGCACAGCUCAAGCAGAGAAAGGCAGAGUUGGAAAAACGGUCUGAAGGUUAUGCGUUGAGUAGACAGGCUCUGGAAGAGGCGUACGAGCUGCUUGACCGGUGGCAAAAGGAGAUGAGAAGUGCAGAGAAGCUGAUGGAGGAGUCACUAAAGAGUGCUGAAAGUCUGAAUCCCGAAAAACUGAAUGAGGAAUCGUCCAGGAGUGUUGAAAUUCUGUUCCCCGAGGAGUUGCGGCUCCUCGAGGCCCGGAGGAACGUGGAAAGUGCGCAAGAGGAACUAGCGAGUAUGUUCGCGGGGAUGGAACGGUUAUACCUGACGCCUCCCGAACUGGUCGUGGCGCGAAAUUUCCUGAGCCUUAUGAAGGCACAUGCCUUUCCAUCAAAUGAGAAAAAGCAAGAAAUUGCUUUGAGCAGUACAGAUGCAGAAGAACUACUAGAAGAUUAUUUUGAAGAGUGUUACGCUGCAAUGGAAGAGAGUGAAGAUUAUAUUUAUGUGGAUCUCUAUAGGAAUGGAGGUCAACAGACCCCACUACAGUUCAGGGAGGUCAAGCUAUUGGCAGCAAUGGAAGAGCAAACUGCAAGCAAGAAAGAGGUACAGGCGCUGCAGAGGAAAAUACCUAUGCGUAUGGCGCAUCUCCGCGCCUUUGCCUUAGCGACAAAGUCCCAUAUCCAGGACACUAUUGAUAAUCAUAAACGUCUGGCAAAUUUCGUUUUUUUCAAGAACCACAGUUUUGGUGAGGAAUUGUUCAGCAAACAGCAGAAAGGUGCGAGAAAAUCGCGAAAGCUAAGAUUCUGGUUAGAGCGUUGCACUCCCGCGGUGGACGAUUACACUACAGCCUUUACUCAGGCAUGUAACACGACUGAGCGCUUUCUGAGGGCUAAAACCCUGGCUUUGAAAGAUAUUGAAUGGCGCAUGAUGGUAGAGCAGUUGCAGUCUAAGCCAUUAGGACAACUGGUGAAAUGCAUAGCCGAAGGGGCGGAAUCUGAAGAAGUGAAAUCGUGGGUAGACGAGAGGUGGGAAGAGACUUCGAAGGACAAGGAGGAACUGAAAGCAAAAUUGGAUAAUGCAAAGAAUACACUUGAGGCGUUGAGAGAUAGGGUUUUGCUCUUUUCCAAUCGUCGCCAAUGGACGGAGUCGUUCCCCCAACAUGAGGUCGCUGCUCUACUUAAGAUUGUAAAGGCAGAGUCUUGGAUCCGGCACGCCGAGUUCCUCCUGACACGCCUUCAGGAUACUGACAGGGUCGAGUUGACACAGUCAUGUCUCCGAAUGUUUUCCGAGGCGGCUUCAACCGCCAUCCAAAGAGUUCAACAGUAUGGCUCUGACUCAGCGAACCUUAAGUCUAUCUCUGACAUACAUUACUCCGUCCUCAAAGAGGAUAAAACAAGCGUGCAAGCGAUGUUCGUUGAUGCAGAGAAUCUUAAAUUUUUGUCUCAUGUGCGUAAAACUCCUCUUCCCACGGUGUCCCUCCCUCAAGCACUGCCUUCAAGCCUCAUCAAAUUUCUUCAUGAAAAUGUCUUGCAGCUGCGGAAAUUGAAGAAAAAGUAG